AGAGAACACAACUAUCAUAACAAGCUCCGCGCAUGCGCAAUGAAGCCAAUCCGUUGAACCACUGAGCGCUGGACAUCUCACAUCUCACAUCAUUAAUUGGAGCAGGCAUUACAAUCCACCAUGCACAUCCGAGUCCUUCUGAUGGCCCUUUUCGCUCUGCCGCCAUUAUCCUCAGCUAACCAGUUGGGUGAAGAAAGCAAGACGUUGUGUCUGGGAAAUGAGUUGAGUAUGCGAGUAUCUUCAUCCUCAAAUGUGGUAUACACCCCAAAUUCUCCGCCUGGACCAACGCGUACAAUUUUUAACGAAGGCUCGGUGAUGGAUCCUCGAUUUGAAUGGACGACAGACAGAAAUUUGCUCCUGAAAGAGGUGACCUUCGGUGACGAGGGAAACUACAACAUCACGCAUCCUCACGGUAUACCCUUCCAGACGGUUCAUCUGACUGUCUCAGAAUGUCUACGAUCCUACCAAGUGAACUAUGGGGAGAACUUCCAGCACAGAAUCCCAGACAGUGGCUACCUGCUCGAGUUCUCUCCCAUGGGCUCCCCUCCCGAGGCCCGACCUGUGCUGUUGUGGAACCGGACGGACCCAGGAGUGAGCCAAGGAGGUCGGGGGCACAUGCAGUACCACAGGUCGCUGUGGCUGGUUCGGCGGGUGACCCCUGCGGACCAGGGCCUGUACACCAUGAGAAGUAAGGCCGGAAGUCUGAUGUCCCACAGCCGACUCAUCGUCCAAGGCCACACCUCCAACGUCACCCGCUUCACCAAAGAGUUUGUUAACCUUCCCCUGUUUGUCCCAGCGCAUAACGCCACACUUACCUUUACCCCCACCCGGUCCCCCGAUGACCCCCGGCCCCACAGGGACCCGGUGCAGCUGGUGCGCCACGGCCUGGUGGUGGGCAUCGACACCGACUUCCAGAACCGCGUGUCGGUGUACGGGUCGGACGACGAGGUGGUCAUCACAGGGCUGAGCCCCAAGCACACCGGGGUGUAUGACAUCAGAGAUCGAGAAGGCAACCUGGUGUCCUCCACCAGUUUGUAUGUGAUUGAGAAAAUGACGAAGCUGCGUGCGAUAAUGAAGUCCUUCGUCAUCCCUACUGGGAUGAUCCUUCUGCUGGCCAGUCUCUUCCUGUCAAUCAAGCAUUACCCCAACUGUUGGCUGUCAAAGGUCAUUAACUGCCUGAUCGGUAAAAACAGCUCUCCCUCCAACCCCCCAAGGAUCAAUGUCCAGGAUUACAGCCCUGACGUCCAUCAGCCCUUGGGAUCGUACACCCAGCCACAGCAGGCUGGGACCCCAAGGAAGUGGAGCCCCCAAGCCAGCCCUGCUCUUACGAAUCGUACUCCACUAGCAGUGGCCGUUGCAACCCCGUUGUAUCCAAGCAACGGCAGAGGAGAUAACCAGGGGGGGACCGGCUUCCCGGGACACACGGCCUCUCACCCUGCUCCAACCAGCAUCGGAGCCUCCUUUGCUUCAGAGCGAAAUAACUCCUUCUCGGUGCUUUGGGCGUCGGACUGCCUCCACUCCUCUGAAGACUGCGUUCAGUUCCAGAGCAAGAGGGACAAGGACAGGGGGGGCAAAGGGAAGGCAGACUUCUCUGCGCUCCCGCUGGACCGGGACAAUACAGCAGACUCCACUGUUUACACCUCAGACAAGCUGAACUUCCUCUAGGGAAGCAUCAGGGAAGAAGGCCAUUCGCGAGGAGCAUGAUGCACCUAUACGCUCUUCUAGAAUGCUCCGAGUUCUACGUGCUGUUACGGUCGACGGCUAAUUGUGCCUUUUGAAAUCCUUCAAACUUUAAACAUUUCCAGUUUCCUUUUUCUGAUUAAUUUUGUUUAAUGGUCUGCUUUCAGCUGCUCAGGUUGUUAACAUAAAGGGACUAUUGAUAAUGGUACACUUUUCUUUUUGAUUCAGUCCGCUAUAGCAAAACCUCUCCGGUCUACCUCACUGCCCUCUGCUCCAACGUGAAUGGUUGGAGCUUUGCUUACUGUUUUGUCUGUGUUGUGUGUGCUGACAAAUUGUAUUACUUUUGUACUUGUGCUAGUAUAGAUGACUGAAAACUUGUACAAAUAAACACCCCAGAAAAUGCCCCCAAAGAAACUUUUGUAAAGAUGUAGCUAAUAUGAAACCGUUUGUAUUUAUUUAUUUUUACCCUUCAAAAACGUUUUGUUUGUGCAAUAUUUGCAUAUAUCAUACAUGUAUUAAUGGACUGUCUGCAUAACAUUAUAACACAAUCCUUGACUAAAGAAUUUCAUUGCCAGCGACUGCUCUGUAAUUGUUGUGCAUAUGACAAUAAAACCAUCUUGAAUCUUUAA